AUGACUCAACCAAUGACCGCCUUCAUGGAUUUUUAUCAUGCUAACAAGAUCGAAGACUGGACGUGUAAUAACCUGGUAGAAUAUUAUCAUGAUAAAAUGGAGAAAAACGAUUGGAAGAAAUUCGACAUGAUACAUAGAGGAAAAGCACAAGAAAUCCUGGAUAAAUGGAAGAAUUGGACUGCAUUUUACAAAGACUUGAUAAGAGAGGAUCGCGCUCGUAAGGACUAUAAGUACUAUAAGUCAACUCAACAACCUGACCGGAAGUUCAACACAAAAUUUCGACAAUUGUCAUAUAACUUCGGAAAAAUGAGGUCGAGAAGAAACGGAAAGAGCCUCGACUCAAUCAAAAAGAAGGCGCUUUCUAGUGAAAGUUCACCAGAUAUUCAGAAUUAUUUCUCGCAGGUUCGUUCUGAGCAGAAUGAAUAA